AUGGGAGGAGUCCGUGAAAAGAAAGCUGAGUACUUCUCCAAGUUGAGAGAGUACUUGGAAGAGUACAAGUCUGCGUUCGUUGUCGGUGUCGACAAUGUGUCCUCGCAACAGAUGCACGAGGUCCGUAAGGAGCUCAGAGGCAGAGGUGUCAUUUUGAUGGGUAAGAACACCAUGGUGAGACGUGCCAUCAGAGGUUUCAUCUCUGAGUUGCCAGACUACGAAAAGUUGUUGCCUUUCGUCAAGGGCAACGUCGGUUUCGUUUUCACCAACGAGUCCCUAAAGGACAUCAAGGAGGUCAUUGUCUCCAACAAGGUCGCUGCUCCAGCCAGAUCUGGUGCGGUCGCCCCAGAGGAUAUUUGGGUCAGAGCCGUCAACACCGGUAUGGAACCAGGUAAGACCUCUUUCUUCCAAGCUUUGGGUGUCCCAACCAAGAUUGCCAGAGGUACCAUUGAAAUUGUCUCUGACGUCAAGGUCGUUGAGGCCGGUAACAAGGUCGGUCCUUCCGAAGCCUCUUUGUUGAACUUGUUGAACAUCUCUCCAUUCACCUUUGGUUUGACUAUUGUCCAAGUCUACGACAACGGCCAAGUGUUCCCAGUCAGCAUCUUGGACAUCACCGAUGACGAGUUGGUCUCCCACUUCGUCAGCGCUGUCUCCACCAUCGCUUGCGUCUCCUUGGCUGUCGGUUACCCAACUUUGCCAUCUGUUGGUCACUCUGUCAUCAACAACUACAAGGACUUGCUUGCCGUUGCUGUCGCUGCCAACUACAUUUACCCCGAAAUCGAGGAGUUGGCUGACAGAAUUGCUAACCCUGACAAGUACGCUUCUGCUGCUCCAGUUGCUUCUGCUGCUGCUGCUUCCUCUGACGCUCCAGCUGAAGAGGCUGCUGCUGAGGAAGAAGACGAGUCUGACGACGACAUGGGCUUCGGUUUGUUCGACUAA